AUGGCAGCUCCGCGGAGCAUACUUGCCGAAUCUUCGUCGGCCUCGCAACAGCUUGGACGCCUAGUCCAAGCUCAGCUUUUGAAAGUAGGGCAGCGCACCAGUACUCGCCGCCCGGAGACUCUUGGCGAUCUGAGGGCCAUGGUGGACGCGCUCUCUUCCCUGUCCGAUAUCUGCAUAACCGUCCUGGAUGAUAUCCGCGCGCGGGGGCAAGAGAGAAAACUCUCUACGGCGGUGGAGGAGAUAGAGAACGUACUUGAGUGGACUGAGCAAUCAGAAGUGCCUUUUGAUCUUGAGUUUAAGCGCACCUUCUCCGUGAACAAAUUCGCGGCACUCUUAGCCAAACAUCUAGGCAAGACACAAGAGGAGAAGAGGACAGGGGAUAGGGUAGAGACAUGCUUCCUAUCCAUGAGUCCGGUACUAGAAUGGACGGUUCACGCAACAGGGCAGAAGUGGAAGGACGGGGAAGCGGACGAGACAGUCGGCCUUGCCGUCUUCGAUGCUAGGAGGCUGCGGCAGACUCCAGACCUAACCAUUUUCCGUGUCUCCAACAUCCUCCAGUUUCUCAAAGGCCGGGGUAAAGGGGAGCUCAUCCCGCGGGGCAUCCAAGAGUGGGCACAGAACUGUGAUGAGUACGUGUUGAUGGGUAAGGUGCACAGGGGCGGGUUACUUCGGUGGGUUCCGUGGACGGAGCUGUAUGGGUCAGGAUUUCUAUCGAGCCGCUUCCUCAGGGCAUACACCCUAGGGAAAUAUCGCCAGUGGAGGGACGAGGUAUACGAUGCUGCGGGAUGCGUUGAGGCGGAAGAUGUCUGUCGGAAGGUUGUCGAAUUCGGGAAGAUGCUAGCAGGGCGAAAGGUUAGCAACCUUCUACCACUCGUGGAAUUAAUCCUUAAACCGGGUUUCCAAUUCUGGGAGUUAAAAGCCAAUGCGUCAGAGGAGGUCGUUAAAGCAAGGGUUUACGAACUUGUUGAUGAGUCGAUGCUAGGGGAGUUUUUCAGGCUUAAGAUAUCUGGCGACUGA